GAGUCAGUGAGCCUCAGACCGAGCCGGUGUACACAUCGAUCGUCUGCGGAUCUCCCGACUCUUUCAUCGUCUACCCGUCCCUUGACAUUUUCCAAAUUGUUUUCAGUCACUCAAAAUGUUUAACAAAACGACUGAACAGCAGUCGGAUCACUAGCAGUUGUCAGUACCGUAGAAAAAGUGAAUCCUGAUGGGAUUGAAAUUAAUUGCAGUCACAAUGGCGGAGUAGGAUUUGGAUUGUUUUUCCGGUGAAUAUGAACGACCGGGUAAAAGUGAAUAACGAUUGAGAGAUUUUUAACCGGCUGAUACUCAAUAUGCACGUGGUGGGGUGAGGAGUGAGGUGAUUCAUCCGUUCAUUCAUUAAAAUUUCAUCACAACGGUGAUUUCGACGAUAGACAGACGAUGUUGUUCGCCGGUCACUGUCAGCGACGCCGGCGUCGCCUGGAGUUCCAUCAACCACCCACUUUCACCCUCAGUGAUAAAGCUAAAUAUGAAGUCUGAUAAAUUAUCCCACAAACUCAUUGACGUGGUAAUUAUUGUGAAGUGAUUACCAUUCAAGUGUUUACAACUUGUGAUAGUGUUUUAUUUUCAUUUUUGGAGAGGAUUAAAUCAGUGAUUCGCGUGUGCAACCUAUCGUUUUUUUUGGUUGUGAGUUAUCUACUGACGUCGGCUUAACGUGUGUUUUAAGGAGCUAUUUAUUUCACCAGGAAAAUUGCAGAAUGGAUGACUUGAGUAUGACAGCUCCAGCAUCAACACCAAAUCCACCAGUUAGUCCAAGUGAUGACAUCAACUGGUUCGCUGGUAUUGCUGAGGAGGAACUACUGUAUUACACCAGUAAUGACGUUGACUCCCUCUGGGCUGUCAUUGGCAGUUUUGUUCCACCUCCACCACGACCACCUUAUCUCCCUGAAGAGGGCAUCGCCACUGAUGGUCUUACUACCUGUGAUCUUUGUACCUGGGCACUGCGUAAUGACAGGCACUUAUCGUUUUCCCGGGAUGGUACACUCGAGGCACCUGGAGAAUUCGGCUGGGUUUUGACUCUGAUAAUUGUGUCACUGAUAUCAGCGGUGAUUGGAGCAGUGGUCAUGGUCACACUUCUUCACUGCAGAAGAAUAAAGAGCGCCGGUGGCAGAGGCGGUUGCUGCGGUGUAGGCGUUGAUGAGGCGAAUCCACAGGAACCGGUGAGCUCGGGGACUGGUGGCGUAGCUGGGGGUGGCGGUGUAUCAGUCAUACCGGAUAGACCGCCAUUAGAACUUGACAAGUUACCCCCUUAUCAUGAUAUAACACCUACCCCUGGACAUAAUGUAUGGUCCUGGCUGGGAUCUCGUCGUGGAGGUGGUACAACCGGGGUUGUAACGACCCCCCUGAGUCUCCCACAGCAUCGUUGUGCCAUUAAUUUACCAGUUGAGAAUCACUACACCCACAUGCAGACUGAUGAGGCACUCUACGCUGAAUUGGACUCACAGACAGCGAGUUAUGCCAGUGAUCUACAAUUACAGCUGAGGGGUAGUUCAACGUAUGGUGAUGGAGGUACGACACCAGGUGAGGAGGAUGACUACCACGAGUUGGAUGCCGCACGACUCCACAGGAGAUAUUCGACGAGUGAUAAUGAGACACUAAAGAGGGAUUCAAUCAGAACGAGACACAGUCAGAGGUUAAAGGAGUCUGAUUACGAGAUGUACGAGAAUGGUCCAUCCACUCCAAUCCCCUUACAUGUGCAAAAUCAUCAUCACACUCAUCCUCAUCCUCAUCAUCAUCACCAUCAUCAUCAUCACAUUCAGAGCCACAGGAGUAAUGGUAGUGCUAGUGAAAUUAAUCCCUCUUACCAAAAUACUGGAUAUACAGGUAGUGAUAAUGAACCUGACGGUCCUUUUCUCAGCAGUGCCCCCAGUAGUGCUUACUACAGUGAUCUGAGUUCAAAUUCAACUAAUCAACCCUCAACUCUACCAGUUUUAACGACACCAAUCAAUCAAGACCAGGGGCAAUACAGAUUGGCAGCGAUAAAUGAAUCUACUGAAUGGAAAACAAAAGAUGCAUCAAGAGAAUAGAUAAUUUAAGUGAAAAAAAAACUGCGAAAUUAGCUUUCACUUCACUGAAUGCAAAACAAAAAAAAAUCAUUCAGAUGCUGGAUAACGAUUUGAGUAAAAAAAAUACCUGCGAGAUUCAUUUUAACUCCGAAAUCACUGCACACGUUGGGAAAUAAAUUCAACAGAUUCAAACUCCUGAACGGCUCUCUGCUACCAUGCCAAGUCCCUCCUUCUGUUCGAUGAUGAUUAGUAUCAUCAGAAGCCAACACGCUGAACACGAGGGAGACCCAUUGCCAAAAUUGUCAGGAGUACGAAUCUGAUGAAGUUAUUUCGCAGGUGUUUCGUAAUUCGACGUCAGCAAUGGGAGCCCCUUAGGGACUUCUUCCCUCUCAUUCUUCCAUUCUUCCUGCAGCGAUUCUUUUUUUUUUCAACGAGCUCUCUGUCUCUCGGGGUUUUAUCCUUUUUUUAACGAUUUUUUUUCAAUGGUUUCGCUGAAUUUUUCUUUUACUCAAUUCUGUUUCGCCCGACGUCCUUUCACGCUGCACGCAACAAUGCUCGAGCAAGGCCGUGAAGCUGUUUUUAGGGAGACGAAAUUGAGUGGGAAAUUUAUUUUUCAUUUUUUAGUGAAUUCGUUUCGAUAUUGAUUUAUUGAAUUUUUCUCUCCCAGAAAUUUUUACGGACGGUUUCUCUCUGUGCAUAUCACAAAAAUUCGUUCAUACGGGGAAAGACCCGGGGGUAGGGCUAACAUAUCGAUUGACCGUUCUCAGGAUAUCAUUAAUGUCCCCUUCGGUCCACAUCCUGUGUACGUGAAGAGAAGACAGGUCGCCUCCAUACUUACACGAAGUUUAAUUUAUUAGCGACGAGAAAGCCGUGGCGCAAGACACUGUGGGUGCUUGUGAUUGUUGGUCUUUUGUAUUUUUUUUUUGUUUUAAAUUCAAGCAUCAAUGUGUGCGAGUGUGAAAGACAAAGAGGCGCUACAGAUGCAACGGCACAGAGCCUGGCGGCCACGGAGUAAUUAAUUGCGGGUCUCGCGGUCACAAUGUGCAGAUGAGAAAGAAAGGGCGGGCUUGGAGGGAGGGAGAACCAAGCGGCCCGAGAAGCAACACAUUAUUCAAGCCCGAAAAGAAUCUUGAGACUUUUUGCUAGGGAUAAAUGAAUAGAGACGGGGAAGGUAUUUUUUUUUUAAUUUAUUGUGAUGUUUUUCGAGGAUUUAUUAGAUGAGUAUGUUGGGAGAGAACAAAUUACUGAAUUUCAAAGCGAUUUUAGCAUUUUUAUGAAAUGCUAAAUUGAUAUAUCAUCGGAUUAAGUGUGCGAGAGAUUAAAAACUGUACUUUCUUUUCUAUCCGCACUAUCCCUGAACAUAAGAAAAGGGGUGAAGCUUCGACUAGUGAUAUGUGUGGAUGGGAAGAUGUGAAAUUCCGUCGGACCAUAGAAACGAGAAGUAGAUUAUCAGUACUAAUUUAAUCGAGAACUAUUGCAUUGUAUAAAGACUUGAGUAUAUAUUAUUAUGUGAAAAAAAAUGAAAGUAAAAGAGAAUAUGGAAUAGUGAUGAAUAUUCUUAUCUUUCAAAAGUGUAAAUACUCCUCUCCAAUUUUAUAAAUUAUUUAUAUAUAAAUGAAGUUUAUUCAUGUGAUGGAACGAUUGUUCCAGGCUCUACAGAGCUGUCAAUUGGAAAUGUAAAUCGAAAAAGUUUUAUCUGAAAUGAAAAAUGCAUAUCAGGUCCGCUGUUGAGGCCAAAAUGUGUGAACAUAUUUUGAUGGGGGAAUGGGGAAAAGCCAAGGAGACAGACACGUGCACAUGAAUCACCAUCUCGUGGGAAGAAUUAAAGACGUGAAAAAAAUGUGAAUAAAGGAAAAAACUUGGGGUAGAGGGUGAAAGAGGUGGGGAUUACCGCAAAUUGAGAUUCCAGGGGGAAUUUUUCAAACACAAUCCAUGCGAUAUUGUUGGUAGUGUAUGUGCAUCGAGUCUUAUGGCCCUCGUACGCCCGUACCCGCCCUAGCAUCUUUCUUUUCUGCGUUUCACGGGCGGGAUAUAUAAAUUAUACAUGUAAAUAUACGGGCGGCGAGGGACUCGGUCAAGAUCGAAGUCGAGAUAUGUGUUGGCGCGACCCCCGUGUACAGCCCGUCUACCCUUCUUUGCACUCUUGUGCCUUCACGCACAAGCGUUAUUUCGACUUUUUUUUUUUUUGUUCACUUCUCCCUCUCUCCACUCACCUUUUAGCUGAACCUCCCCGGGCGUGUUGGAUAGUCCUCGAAAUUUGCACAUUCCGUCCCUUGGAAAGUCAAUAAACAUAAUUUGAAAAAAAAAAAUAAACAAUGUAAAUUUGUAAGAAAGUAUUGAAAAUUAUUUAUGACGAUUUUUGAUGUACGAAAAUUUAUGGGUGAUAGUUAAGUCUGGAGGAAUGUAACUCAUUGAAGAAAAGUUUACGUUCAAAAUAAAUUGCAUGUCACUUUAAUUGCAUGUCAAUUGAGAGUAGUUUCUGUGCAUGUAGGGGGUGAUUUUUGACACAAUUGAUGAGAGAUAGUUUUUCUAGCCCUCUAGCUACAGACAAAUUGGCAUCAAUUAUCAAGAUGAUGACGAGCUACAGCUGAAAUAUUCCAUAUUAAUUGACUUUGGAUUCACGGACAUAAAGUUUACCGCCAUUUCAGUUCUUCUUUGAGUUUUAUCAUUCCAGAUAAUUGUGAGGAAUGUGCAUUAGUGAAGAACAUUAACAAAAAUAAUGUAUUGUAAGGCAGAGAAAGAAUUCCAAAAAUUGUGUUUUGUGAAUUUAAUCAUUUUUUAUGAGUAAAUGGUUCUAGUGUUUAUAUAUAUAGCGUGUGUAUAUAAAAAGCUUUCUUCUUGUAAAAUGUGAUUACAGCUGCUUUUCAGUGUAACUGAGCGCGCAACAGAAUAGUUUUUCCACAUGAGAUGUAAUGAGUUGAAUAAGAAUAAAAAAUGACUGGUAGGAAAAACAAAAUCUGUGAACACUGUGCUUCUUCGUACGUACUCGAUCCAAUAAUUUUUUUAUAUCAUAAACAAUGUGCCAGAAUAAGUAAAAAAUCAAUUGUACCUUGUUGCGAUAAUUAUUAGACUGUUGGUGUUCCCGACAUGCAGAACAAAGUGUAGAUCACCAUUGAAAAUGUAUACGCUGCUCAUAAUCGAGCAGAAAGCAAUAAAACUGCAGUAACAUUUACCGAUGAAAAAAAAAUAGAGCAAGAAACCAAGAAUGAUUGUAAAUAAUAAAGAAAAUGAAAAAUC